UUUUGAAUUUCCCGCGGUGGCGUUGCGCACCCGAGUUGACUUGUUUUCAGCGCAAAAGUCGAUGCGCGUGAGUCUCGUACCAGAUCGUCUUUCUUUCAUCGUGCGUACCUUAACGUCGAAGGAUGGCUCCGAGAUACGAGUUGGCCGUUGGCCUCAACAAAGGACACAAAACCACCAAAAUUCGUGUCACUAAAAACAAAGCUGAAAAAGAAAAGACCGUUGCUCUCCGACCUGCUCGUCUGAAGGGGCGUUUGACGAAACACAGCAAAUUCGUCAGGGAUCUUAUUCGUGAGGUCACAGGUCACGCUCCUUAUGAAAAGCGCGCUAUGGAGUUGCUCAAAGUUUCCAAGGACAAGAGAGCACUCAAGUUCCUUAAGAGGAGGCUGGGAACCCACAUUCGUGCUAAGAGGAAGCGUGAGGAGCUAGGAAACAUCCUCGUCCAAAUGAGAAAGGCUGCUGCUGCUCAUCAUUAAACAGCGUUUCCCUAUUUUUAAGAAAGUAUGUGAAAUCAAUAAAAAUGAGGAACAUGCUA